AUCUCGGGAAGGGUUUUCCCUGCAAAAUCCCACGAUCUCAAUCAAAAACUUGGAGAAUCCAAAGAUCGAAUCUGCUCCUAAACUUCUUCAUCUAUAAGCAAUAAUCACUUCUCAUCGACAAAGAGGAAUCGUUGCGGUUUCGAUCCAUCGGCGACGAUGAGUUUCCUCUUUGGGAAGAAGAAAACCCCUGCCGAGCUUUUGAGGGAGAAUAAGCGGAUGCUGGAUCGAUCGAUUAGGGAAAUUGAGAGGGAGAGGCAGGGAUUGCAGAAUCAAGAGAAAAAGCUCAUCACAGAGAUCAAGAAGAGCGCCAAGCUAGGGCAGAUGGGUGCUGUCAAAGUCAUGGCAAAAGACCUCAUUCGAACAAGGCAUCAAAUCACCAAGUUCUAUGCUCUCAAAUCUCAACUCCAAGGUGUUUCUCUUAGAAUACAGACGCUAAAAUCUACACAAGCAAUGGGUGAGGCCAUGAAGGGUGUAACCAAAGCAAUGGGACAAAUGAACAGACAAAUGAACCUACCAGCCUUGCAGAAGAUAAUGCAAGAGUUCGAGAGGCAGAAUGAGAAGAUGGAGAUGGUCAGCGAGGUGAUGGGUGACGCCAUUGAUGAUGCCUUGGAAGGAGACGAAGAGGAAGAAGAAACAGAAGAACUAGUUAGCCAGGUCCUAGAUGAGAUUGGUAUUGACAUCAAUUCAGAGCUUGUCAAAGCUCCAUCAUCUGCUGUGGCUGCGCCAGUUGCAGGAGGUAAGGUUGCGCAAGCUGAAACAAGUGGAGCUGAUGGCGGUGGGAUUGAUGAUGAUCUACAAGCAAGGUUAGACAAUCUGAGGAAAAUGUAAUUUAUUUACCUUGCUAGUUUGAGAUAAUUGACUGGGGGAAAAUGUAUUAUAUGUAUACCCUACCGUUUGGUAUUCUCAAAUGAUUCAAUGAGAUUAUGUUUGCAUGCGUGUCACACAUUUCUUUUAGA